AUGCACGUGUUAUCUCAAGCUAAUCAAAUAGAAGAAGCAACAAAUUACAUAGUAGAGUUAAGGGAGAGAGUUGAAAACUUAAACAAGAGAAAACAUCAACUAGAGACUACCCAAAACUCGACCUUGGAUGAUGCAACGACGAAUGUGAGAUUACCCAUCAUAGAUGUAAAAGAAAUCGGUAGUAAUCUAGAGGUUCAGCUGGUAAUGGAAUUAGAGCAUGAUAUCAAGUUACAUGAAGUGAUUAGGAUUCUUGAGGAAGACGGGGCCGAAGUUGUCAAUGCUGUCUUCUCAACUUCCGAUAACAAGGUUCACUAUACUCUCCAUGCCAAGGCCAAAAUUUCAAGAGUUGGGAUUGAUGUUUCAAGAGUGUGUACAAGACUACAUGGGUUGAAAUGA